AUGGCGUCGGGAAUGGAUCUCCUUCCGUCACAGAAGAAAAACAUUAUGCCUGAAUCAACCCCUGUAGACUGGCAAUGUGGCAAGCCACUUAUUGACUGUUUACAACACAUUUGUUCUUCCGGAACAGCCAGUGACGUCACAUUCAUUGUUGGAGAGGACGAGAAAAAGAUUUCCGCCCAUAAACUUAUCUUAAUAAGUAGAAGUCCUGUAUUCUACGCUAUGUUUGAGGGAGCUCUGCCGGAAAAGGGAGAUGUUGUUAUACCGGAUAUUCAAGAUACUAUUUUCAAAACCUUCUUAGGGUAUCUGUACACCGACAGAAUCAAUCUCACUGUAGAAAAUGUGGUCCCUGUGUUAAGCGUCGCCAUGAAGUAUUGCGUUGAUAUCCUGAUCUCUGUUUGUGAGGAUUUUCUAGUACACAAUCUGUCUGUAGACAAUGUAUGUACAUUUCUGGAGGAGGCACACGUCUUCCAUAUAGAUAAGCUUACAACAGAUUGUCUCCAGCUGAUUAAAGGAUCAGCACCUGCAAGUUUGCGAGCCAAAUCCUUCACUACCCUUUGUCCUUCCUGCAUGAGCAGUAUUGUAAAUGCAGACGACCUCGACGCAGAGGAAAGUGACGUGUAUCUAGCCAUCACCAAGUGGGCAGAAGCAGAAUGCUUCCGGAAAAAUAUUGAGGUGACGAGUGAAAAUAGACGUGAGGUACUUGGGAACAUGCUGUUUCUCGCAAGGUUCAACACGAUGGAUUUGAAUUUCCUUCUGCAGCGAGUGUUUCUUGAUAACAUUCUGACAUCGGAUCUUGCAGUUAAAGUUGUUAACUAUCAAAUGCAUCAGGUAAAAUCAGGCCUGACUGACUGCCGACGGAGACGACAGACAAAAACAAAAGCCAGGCGAUACUCUGAGAUUUUGAGGAAACAUUAUACACAAGGUUAUACCACAGAAAAAGUUUCAUUUCAAAUCUCUGGCAGAGCAGUGUUACACGGAUUCGGAUCUUUCUUUACAUGUGAAGAACCAAGCACUUCUGAUGUAGAGAUAUAUAAAGGUGAACGUCGUAUACAUGUUGAAAGACAUUUGUCACUGGUAAAAGAGACCGAAGAACUUGGGGAAGUCAUUUUGGGUAAACCUAUAUUUCUGACAGCAGGAACUCAAUACAGUGUGAUCGAGAAACCAUCAGCGGAAAAAAAGUACUCAUUCCGUAGGUCAACAGAUGAGGUUGUCUUUCGUAGUGGAUCAGUCACUUUCAAGAGAGAAAAUGAAGGUAAUAAAGGUGGGAACAUUCCCUACAUAAUUCUGACGAAAGUGAACGAUUAUGGACAGAAAAAUAUUUAA